UAUUAUUAUUAAGAGAAUUAAUUGCCGCCACAAUGAAAGUGUUUUUGGCCCUAAUCCUGGGAUUUUGGCUGGCCAACUUGGCUCGCUCGCAGGGCACCAAGUAUGGAUUGUGGACUCCAGAUCGAGCCCAUUCCGAUUCGCAGCCCAUUCAGUGGACUGGUGGACAGUUUGAGUUUCCCUGCGCCAGCACAAAGUCGCUGUUCAAGAGCUCUGGGAAGUUUAUACCCAAGAAUGUGAUUGCGACGAGGGCUCAGCUGAUCGGAGAUACCAUAUAUUUGGCAUUGCCAAGAUAUCGGAAAGGAGUUCCAGCCACUUUGGUUAAAACAAAUGUGAAACCUGGUACCUGUUCUACGACGUUUAAGCCAUAUCCCUGCUGGGAUCUCCAGGAGGAGGGCAACUGCAAGGCUCUGCAAUCAGUGGUGGAUCUGGUGGUGGAUCAAAAUGAGGUUCUCUGGGUUUUGGACACCGGAAUAGUCAAUACCCUGGAAACCCCGGUUCGCAAAUGUCCACCCAAAGUGGUGGCCAUGUCGGUGAAGACGGGAAAAGUGCUGAAAACUGUCUCUUUGGAGGGCUUAACUUCCAGUAGUUCGCGACUCCAAUAUCUCGUGGUGGACUACGCCCCCGAUGGUGGAUGCUUUGUCUAUGUCAGCGAUGCCGCCAAUCGGGCCAUUAUCGUCUAUAACCUGCAAGCGGAUCGAGGAUUCAGGGUGGUCCUGCCCAAGGCAGUUACCGCCGGCUGUCGUUCGAGGGAUGUCCUCUACAUUGCGCUCAUUCGCAGGGAUUGCGGCACCACUGAGCUCUACUUUACAUACCUGAGCACCAGCAAGCUGUUCUCCCUGAAAUCCGAGUAUCUGCGCAGUGGAGUGGCCGAUGGACGCAUUUUGGAUCUCGGCAAGAAGCCCAGUCGCAUGGUCAUCAUUGGCACGGACAAUGGCUCGGCGAUUUUCUUCCGGAACGAGGGCGACGCGGAGGUCUACCGCUGGGACACGAACUCCACUUUUGCGGAGGCGAACUUUAAGCCAGUUUACCGCAGCCAAACCUGUCAGCUGGUGACCCAUGCGGUGCCCGAUUACAAGCGCAAUACGAUGCGAGUGCUGCAGAGCAAUUUCCCCGAUUACAUGCAGAAUCGCGUUGGCUGCGGGGCCAUCCAGCAGUUGGGUCUCAUGCAGGGCUGUUGGUAACUGAGUUAACACCCACUUUUUGGACUCCUAACCCUCCAGCCCAUCCCAUUCACAUCCAAUCCAGUCUGAACCAAACUGAAAACUAAAAGUGCCACUGCAGUUAGAUUGGCAAUAACCCAGAAUGAGUUGGUUUUUUAGUUUUCGGGCCCUCGAGUGCAGUUUGUAUUUGGUAUUGGCAUUUUGUACAUAAACUAACGACUUUGGUCGCACUUGUUGUUAUCUAAGCUUAGCAAAUAAACGUUUCCAUUUCGUACAGAA